AUGAGCGUGGUCAAGGCGCUCAAUGCGAACGGCCAGUUUGCCGACAAGAUGACAGCGCUUGCCGACGCGAUCGCAGCGUCACCGCGCCCCUUGUCGCUCUCGCUCGCGAUCACGGGUGCCCAUGCGGACGAAGAAGCCAUGCAGGUGGCGCUCAGCACGCGCAACUUGCGUCAAGCGGCCAAGAUCGACUCCGAGCACACGUCGGCCGUGCUCGACCCAGCGACUCUCACGUCGCUGUACCUCGGCGACCCUCCGAACGUCUCGCACGACCUCAGCGGCGCGCUCAUCCGCUUCUCGUCGCUGCAGCACUUCGACAUUCGAAUCGGAACUCUUCGCUCGUUCGGCACGGGCCUGCGCUUGGCCGUGCGUCCAGGCAAUGCCAUGGCACCAUUGAUGCAACGUCAACGGCCUUGA